AGGGAUAAUUUUGCGAAAAAUAACCAAAGUUCCAGAGUUUAUAUACCUAUAUAAAUUGCAAUUAAUUUUCGACGAUAAAUUUUCAAAAUGUUUAAAUUCGUAAGAAUAUUUGUUAUUUUUUGCCUAAUUUAUCUUAGUGCUGAAAUAGCUAAUGCUUUGUUGUGUCGUCCAGAAGGCAUUGUAUGCCAUGUGCCAAAUCAAUGCUGUUCCUAUGAAUGUCUAAACGGUAAAUGUACAAAACCAAUAGAGUGAUUUAUUUUCCAAACAAUUGUUUUGAAAAAAAUGUUUCAAUAAAAAGAAAUUUAUUUCAAA